GUACGUACUAAUUAUUUCAGCGUUAUUUGUCUUUAAUAACAACAAUCUGUAUAAAUAAUACAUCUUUUGCGUUAUGCCACGACAUCGAAGGAACGAUGCUAUAGCGAAUGUGUUUCUACGCGCGAUUUCGCGGCGCCGUCACGUCGUCGCCGCGGAUCCCGGGCGGGAUACACAAUUCCGAUAUAUAAAUAACGCGCGAAUAUAUCUGCGUGUGCGUUAUACCUCUUAUUUGUAAGAAUGAUAAUAUACUUUUUGGCACUUACUAAUAAUUAAAUCGAAACCUGGUGAGGGGGGAGGGGGUGUGAGGAUGAGGGGUGUGAGGGAUGAUUUUUAUUUAUUUAUUGAACAUUAGACGAAUGAGUUAGGCUCGAUUUUCGCGAGAGAGAGAUCUCUCGGCAACAAUCCUUUCUCUCCUCCGUUCUUUUUCUCCCCGAACUCCGCCUUAAGAUCGUUUCCGAAGCGAAUCUACGUUAUGUGUAUAAGGAGAGCCGAUCUCUUUCUCGCUAGAGAAUGUCCGGGAUAAUUCAGUACGUGGUGGUGCGGGGAGAUCUUGCGAGGACGAUGGGAUGGCCGUUGGGCGCCGUGAUCGCCCAAGCGUGUCACGCGUGCACCGCCGUUAUCCAUCUCUCUUACAAUGACGCCCACACGCAGGCCUACCUCGCGGAUUUAGACAACAUGCACAAGGUGGUCCUCGAAGCCGCCGAUGAAGCCGAUCUGCAGAUGCUGUGCGCAAAACUGAAGGAGAACGACAUUCAGCACAAGCUGUGGAUAGAACAGCCCGAGAACAUCGCGACGUGUCUGGUAACGAAGCCCUACCCCAAGGACAAGAUGCAGUCGUAUUUUAAGAAGUACAAAUUACUCAAAAUGUAACGGAUGUAAAUGGUAAUAAACACCACAUUACGAUAAGGACACCGAACGUCUCUCUAGUUACUUUCUACGUUACACCGAAUCCAAAUUAAUCCUCCCGGCAUUGCUUCUGAAAGAUUCUAGCCGAAGAAAGGUUUCCGAAAAAUGUUUACUUCAAAACACCGAAUGUGAUAACUGAAAGAUCCAACCCUGAGAGGUUCUAUAAACGAAAUACAAUUCUCCGGCGCUCACGUGAAAUAAAUACUAACUUCGGAGAAGAAUGUCAUUUAUCUUUUACUCUAUUCGAGCGGGAAGAAGAUCAAUGCGCCGGAGAUAAGCCGCGCUCUACACACGUGGCUCGAACGUCGAUAUUGCAACGGGCAACACCUCGGCUCUAUCUUUUUUAUCUCCUUCGUUUCUCCCUUUUUUUAUCCCCAGAAGCGAUAUUGUCCCGUAUGGAAAAUAUUUACGCUUGGAGGACUACAAACGUUCGAAGAGAUAG